UUAAUACCAGUCUAACAGGUUUCCAUUUCCGCCGACUAUUCCUUCAAAUUACGAGUUUGGGCCAGUGUUUCGUGAGCAUACUAAUACACUCCUUCAAACAUGGCCGACCAAAGAGCAGAAUAUGUCCAGAGUUCGAGGUUGGCAGAGGAAGCCGAGCGGUAUGACGACAUGGCUACAAAAAUGAAAAAAGUGGUCGAGAUGGGUGUGCCGCUGAGUAAUGAGGAAAGGAAUUUACUCUCGGUGGCAUAUAAGAACGUGGUUGGUGCAAAAAGAUCGUCAUGGAGGGUCAUCUCGAGCGUAGAGCAAAAGAUGAGCUCAGAUGAUAAGAAAGAAGAUGUAAAGAAGAGGGAAUUAGCUCAAGAAUAUCGUGCAAAGAUCGAAGGGGAACUUCGCGAAACUUGUAAUGAGGUUUUGAAAUUGAUCGACGAACACUUGAUCAAAAAUGUAAAACCAGAUGAUACAGAUAGCAAGGUUUUCUAUUUGAAAAUGAAGGGAGACUACUAUCGUUACCUUGCGGAGGUUUCUCAUUCUGGUGAUCGUAAAGAUGUUAUUGCAAAUUCCGAGGGUGCGUACAAGGAAGCUUCAGAUACCGCUUGUAACCUCAGCACAACACAUCCCAUUCGGCUUGGCCUUGCUCUCAACUUCUCCGUUUUCUACUAUGAGAUUUGCAAUCAGUCAGAUAAAGCUUGCGAACUAGCUAAAAAGGCUUUCGAUGAUGCGAUAGCUGAUCUUGACAACUUGAAGGAAGAUACGUAUAAGGACAGUACACUGAUCAUGCAGUUACUACGUGAUAACCUCACACUGUGGACCUCCGAUGCUCAGAAUACUGAAGAACCAGACCAGGAUGAAUAAAAAAAUAGACAAAGAACAUUUUCAAAAAAUAUUUUAUGUGGGGACAGUGGAAAAAAGUUGUAUUUGCUUUAUAAAUGUGGAAGCAGAAAAAAAUUGUUUGCUUUGUCCCUUUGCAAUGAGUAUUUGCAUUCUGUUAUUGCCAUGGACGGUCUUAAAUCAUUGGUAAGUAUAAAAAGUUCCUGACUAAGUAGAGGUUGUCAAAGUUGAGGAAUACAUUGAUUGUGAAAAGGUAGAAAUUAAUAAUGAUGAAAUGUUUGAUUAUCAUAGGCUUAAAAAACAGCAUGGGAUUUUUCAAUGUUGAAUUUUCAUGUUCAUAUAAUUAUUUGGGGUAUUGUAUUGGCUUUAUAUAUAACAUUAUGGAUGUUAAUAGCUGUAGAAGUCAGUUGAUCUGGGUAUUUUAACUUUCUAGAGAGAUUUAAGCUAUUUAUCAGUGUUAAAUUAUUUCUUCCAGCAAUUUUUGUGUAUAAAAUUCUGAUUUUUUUCAACUUUUCAUUUCAGUGAUAAAUUCAUUUAUAAUAAUAAAUUUGCUUUUUAUAAAUCAGUCACUUAAUGUAGAAAAUAGGGUUGAAUUUUGAUUUUCACAAUCACUGUAGAAAGAAACUUACAAUAAAAGGUCCUGAUCUUGAUUUCAAAGUUUGGCAUAUUUGUUUUGUUCAGUAAAUAUGAAAUUUGUGUCAACUCUGCUUGUAUAUUUGUGUCUAAUAUAUUUAGCAGUAAAAUUUGAAAAUGCUGACAGUGUUAACAGUUUAACAUACAUAAAUUAAUUCAUGUAGAACGUGUGACUUAAACAUGCUGAUAGUUGCUGAACUUUUUAAUUGUAUUUGUAACUUGAUUUACUUAAAUGACAAGAUACUUAUAGAAACAUAUAAUAGAAUGGUGUUUUUUUUUUUUUUUU